UUUGCUAAUUUCACUCAGUAAAACUGCAGUGUUUCUGUUUCUAGAUAGUACUUUGCUUCUUUGUCUCUUUAAAAGGUCACAGUGAAAGCUUGGCCUGGAUCGUGCCGGCCAUAUGGAAUGGAUAAGGGCACAAUCUUAAAAUGUGAUUAUAGGGUUCUUGUGGGGGCGAGGGAGGCGAUCUAGCUAGGAACUCAUUGAAAAGGAUCCCACAUUGCAAAAAAUAGGUUCCUGAAGCCGGAAUUUCGUGCUUUUCUUUCUUUCUUUUUAAAGGAAAUAAUUGCAGUGCCUGAGUUCACUGUUUUAUUCAGUAAUUAUCAUAUAUGGUCUUAGUUUAUGGGCAGGGAAAUGGGAUUUUUAGAAAGUAGCUUGUAUUCUGUAUGCCAACCAGACGUUACACUAAAAUGGGUUUUAACAUGUGUAACUCAAAAGAAACUCUUCAGCUGGCGUGUGUUGAGAACCAUAGUUAGUUCCCGCUGCUGUCAGUCCAGGCAGGCCUGUUGAAGGUUGCUCUUUUCAAUCCCAAACUGAGGUUUGGUGAACUUUAGCCUUGGGCAUGGAGUUUAAAUGAGGAAAUUGGGUGUUUUAUGUGCAUGUAAUUUUGCUUUAUAAUGUAAAGCUUUUUACGGGAUGACUUAGUGUUUAAUAGAUGCUUAUAAGUGGGUAUUCAAAGGACAAUUUUGCAUGACCUAUAUGAUAUUUUGAUUGUCAAUACAUUAACUAAAUUAUAUCUACCACUUUAAUUUGCUGUACAGUUUAUAGUGCUGUUAAGCCUCAUGAUUACUUAAUAUGUUUUAUAGCAUUAACUUAGAUGCUGUGGUUUACUUUUUUUCCUCCUUUUUUUUUUCUCUUAAAUUGCUCCAAGGGUUAAAGAUUUUCUUUUUAAAUCGUAUGUUUUAAAAUUCAUCUUCUGCUCUAGGAUAAAGCAACCAAUUUCAGAAAAAGCAGCUCUGUAUUAUAAUCCACAUGAAACAUUAUAAAGAGUGUUUUGAAUGAGUUAAUAAUCAUUGCUCUCUAAUUUUGGCUUUACACUGUAGUUUAAUAUAAUGGAAAAGAGUAAUCUUGAUAAAAAGUGGUUAAAAAAGGCACAUUUAUUGUUAAUGAACCUCAUAACCAAAAACAGAUGGGACCUCGAUCAGCGGUAAACCUUUAGUUCUCAGUGUGCCACUCUGGAGUACAAAGAUAAAUAGCCAUUAUUAUUUCUCAAACUUUAUAGUUCUUCAGUUGGCAUUCUUAAGGUUGCUUUUAAACCUCUAGAUUUAACAUUGCUACCCCUCUUUUCUUGAUUAUAUGGAAAGUAGUAGUCUAUGGUUAAACAGAAGAAAAAAGUGUUUACAGAAAAGCUGUGCUAUCACAAACUGGCUUUUAAUAAAUCCCAAUCCAUAUUUGGUAUAAUAAUUUUUUUAAAAAUAUAAGGUAUGUCAAAUUACUAGACAACUGGAAGAAAUGGUAAUUAUCAUAAUUUCUCCAAUUUUUAAAAAUAUAAUCCCCUUAGUUUGGUAAGCUCAAUAUCUCAAGGACCAUGAAAGUUCAUAAAAUAAUCUUACUUGUUCUUAUCAGUUCUAGUUAAAACUGUAUUUUAGAAAUGACUUUGAUAUUAUACUAAUUACUUUAUUACAAACAGUAUGACAACUAAUGUCUAGUAUAUAAUAUAACUGAAAAUAAUUUUUUCUGAAGUUAAUUACCAUGUUAACUUCAUUGCAUACUGAUAUUAUUUUUGAAUACUGGAGAUUGUGUUUUACUAGUAUCAUGAAGAUUUCUUUUUAAAAGUGAGCCUGGCACUUCAAACCUAAUGUGCAUAUCACAAAGUAUGUAUAAGCUUUUUGCUAUUUAAAUUGUUAACAGCAUUCUAUUACAAAUGGACACUUAAAUAUUAACUAUAAAACACCUGAGUUGCAAUGCCUCAGCACCUGAGUUAUUUGAAGAAACCCUCCACUUCUUCCUGUUUAUUUAGGGAUGAAAUGAUCUAAUCACAUGUUUGACCCAAGACUUGACUAGGUCUUUAACAGAUCACAUAACUCUUGAAACUUUAAUAGUAGAAAACUUUUUCUGUGCAUUAACUUAAGAAACCCAAUGGGGAAUUUAAAAAGCAGGUAGAUGUUUGCCACCUUCAUUUGAGAUGUUUUAUGUAUUUUUUUCUCAUAAGAAUUAAAAUAUAUGUAAAAAUGUAAACACAUCCAUUACAUUUAACUAAUAUUUUGGGCUAUGAUAAUCUUUUCAUCCUUUAUUCAAGUGUCACUAUUGUAUUCUAUAAUGAGUUUCUAAUUUUUAAAAACGGGAAUACAUAAAUAUAAUUUGUUAUUUUCUUUUUAGCUAUACUUGUAAUAAUUCUUGUUCUAAAAGUAACCCCAUUUCUCCCCACUUCAUUUUGUUUGUAGAUGAAAAAUUACCUUUUUAUUCAUGUGUAUUGGUACAGUUUCCAUAAAUUCUGUUAAUUUGAAUAAAAAUGUAGUGCUCCUGUCUAGAAAUAUAGUAACAUCUGUAUUAUAUCUAGGUGUGCAGUUUUAUAAAUACAUUACAUUUGUGGAAAGAUAUGUGGAGGUAAAACAUUUACAAGGGACACAUAUAUAGAUUCCCCACCCAAUUAUAACAUGUUGUCUUCUUUUUAAAUUCUGGCAGGUGAUCUUUAGACAGUGACUGAGUAUGGAUCAUUUGAACGAGGCAACUCAGGGGAAAGAACAUUCAGAAAUGUCUAACAAUGUGAGCGAUCCGAAGGGUCCACCAGCCAAGAUUGCCCGCCUGGAGCAGAACGGGAGCCCACUAGGAAGAGGAAGGCUUGGGAGUACAGGUGCAAAAAUGCAGGGAGUGCCUUUAAAACACUCGGGCCAUCUGAUGAAAACCAACCUUAGGAAAGGAACCAUGCUACCAGUUUUCUGCGUGGUAGAACAUUAUGAAAACGCCAUUGAAUAUGAUUGCAAGGAGGAACAUGCGGAAUUUGUGUUGGUGAGAAAGGAUAUGCUUUUCAACCAGCUGAUAGAAAUGGCAUUGCUGUCUCUAGGUUAUUCGCAUAGCUCUGCUGCCCAGGCCAAAGGGCUAAUCCAGGUUGGAAAGUGGAAUCCAGUUCCACUGUCUUAUGUGACAGAUGCCCCUGAUGCUACAGUAGCAGAUAUGCUCCAAGACGUGUAUCAUGUGGUCACAUUGAAAAUUCAGUUACACAGUUGCCCCAAACUAGAAGACUUGCCUCCCGAACAAUGGUCUCACACCACAGUGAGGAAUGCUCUGAAGGACUUACUGAAAGAUAUGAAUCAGAGUUCGUUGGCCAAGGAGUGCCCCCUUUCACAGAGUAUGAUCUCUUCCAUUGUGAACAGCACUUACUAUGCAAAUGUCUCAGCAGCAAAAUGUCAAGAAUUUGGAAGGUGGUACAAACAUUUCAAGAAGACAAAAGAUAUGAUGGUUGAAAUGGAUAGUCUGUCUGAGCUAUCCCAGCAAGGUGCCAACCACGUCAAUUUUGGCCAGCAGCCCGUCCCAGGGAACACAGCUGAGCAGCCUCCGUCCCCCGCGCAGCUCUCCCACGGCAGCCAGCCCUCUGUCCGGACCCCUCUUCCGAACCUGCACCCUGGGCUUGUGUCAACGCCUAUCAGUCCUCAAUUGGUCAACCAGCAGCUGGUGAUGGCUCAGCUGCUGAACCAGCAGUAUGCAGUGAAUAGACUUUUAGCCCAGCAGUCCUUAAACCAACAAUACUUGAACCACCCUCCCCCUGUCAGUAGAUCUAUGAAUAAACCUUUGGAGCAACAGGUUUCAACCAACACAGAGGUGUCUUCCGAAAUCUACCAGUGGGUACGUGAUGAACUGAAACGAGCAGGAAUCUCCCAGGCAGUAUUUGCACGCGUGGCUUUUAACAGAACUCAGGGCUUGCUUUCAGAAAUCCUCCGAAAGGAAGAGGACCCCAAGACUGCAUCCCAGUCUUUGCUGGUAAACCUUCGGGCUAUGCAGAAUUUCUUGCAGUUACCAGAAGCUGAAAGAGACCGAAUAUACCAGGACGAAAGGGAAAGGAGCUUGAACGCUGCCUCAGCCAUGGGACCUGCCCCACUGAUAAGCACACCACCCAGCCGCCCUCCCCAGGUGAAAACAGCUACUAUUGCCACUGAGAGGAAUGGGAAACCAGAGAACAAUACCAUGAACAUUAAUGCUUCCAUUUAUGAUGAGAUUCAGCAGGAAAUGAAGCGCGCUAAAGUGUCCCAAGCACUGUUUGCAAAGGUUGCGGCAACCAAAAGCCAGGGGUGGCUGUGCGAGCUGUUACGCUGGAAAGAAGAUCCUUCUCCAGAAAACAGGACCCUGUGGGAGAACCUCUCCAUGAUCCGAAGGUUCCUCAGUCUUCCUCAGCCAGAACGUGAUGCCAUUUACGAACAGGAGAGCAACGCGGUGCAUCACCAUGGCGACAGGCCGCCCCACAUUAUCCAUGUUCCAGCAGAGCAGAUUCAGAGCCCCUCUCCCACCACCCUUGGGAAAGGAGAGUCUAGAGGCGUUUUCUUACCAGGCCUGCCGACCCCCGCACCAUGGCUCGGUGCUGCUCCUCAGCAGCAGCAGCAGCAGCAGCAACAGCAGCAGCAGCAGCAGCAGCAGCAGGCACCGCCACCUCCACAGCCGCAGCCGCAGCCACAGGCCGGCCCCCGGCUCCCCCCGCGGCAACCCACCGUGGCCUCGUCCGCAGAGUCAGAUGAGGAGAACCGGCAGAAGACCCGGCCGCGAACAAAAAUUUCCGUGGAAGCCCUGGGAAUCCUUCAGAGUUUCAUACAAGACGUCGGCCUGUACCCGGACGAAGAGGCCAUCCAGACUCUGUCCGCCCAACUGGACCUCCCCAAGUACACCAUCAUCAAGUUCUUUCAGAACCAGCGGUAUUAUCUCAAGCACCACGGCAAACUGAAGGACAACUCUGGUUUGGAGGUGGAUGUGGCGGAGUACAAAGAAGAGGAGUUGCUUAAGGAUUUAGAAGAGAGUGUCCAAGAUAAAAAUGCUAACACCCUUUUUUCGGUGAAACUAGAAGAGGAGCUGUCAGUGGAGGGAAAUACAGACAUUAACGCUGAUUUGAAAGACUGAGACAAAAGUAUUAUUUUCUUGUUCAACAGUGCCACUGGUAUUUACUAACAAAAUGAAAAGUCCACCUUGUAUUCUCUCAGAAAACCUUUGUUGUUCAUUGUUUGGCCAAUGAAUCUUCAGAAACUUGCACAAACAGAAAAGUUGGGAAAGGAUAAUACAGACUGCACUAAAUGUUUUACUCUGUUUUACAAACUGCUUGGCAGCCCCAGGUGAAGCAUCGAGGAUUGUUUGGUAUUAAAAUUUGUGUUCACGGGACGCACCAAUGUGUGUACCCCGUAAGCAUGAAACCAGUGAUUUUUUUUUAAUUAUUAUUAUUCUGGAGCCUCAAACAAGCAUUAUAAUUUCUGUGAUUAUGAUUUCCUCUCCUUUAAUUAUUUCUGUAGCACUCCACACUGAUCUUUGGAAACUCGCCCCUUAUUUUAAAAAAAGAAAAAGAAAAAAAGAGUUUGUUACUCUAUUGUAUGUUACAAAAGAACUAUAGACUGUGGAAUGCAGUUUAAAGAUGACAUAUGCCAACAAAUGCCUUGUAUUAUAUGGCACUGCCGUAAUUCAAAUUUGUUUUUAUUUUGGAAAUAAAAGUUCACUGUAAUUUUUUUUUCAUUCUCAUUGUUACAUGAUUUUUUUAAGAAAAAAAAAAAGGAAAAGAAAAUGUGAAACACAAUUUAGUCUUCAUUAUUUAUUUGUAGAUCCUGCAGCAUCAUGUUGUAAUUAAUUUUUUGGAAGUUUCCGUUAAAUGUAAUAUUGCUUCUCUUGUUACCAUACUGAUUCUUUUCUAUUUAUAAAUGUAUUUUGAUGGGCAGUAAAACAAAGUGUCUUAAAAGUUUUAAAUAGAGAAAAUGUGCUUUACACAGUUGCCUAUAAAAAGUGCUCUAUGUUAUCCAAGCAAUUCAUACUAUAAGCUUCACUCUUAUUGUUGUAUGCAAUUUUUACUAUCAUGCAAAUAAGCUUAGGUAAAUAAAACUAAUAGAUCACCUUAGAAAAUUAUGCAAUUAAUGUGAAAAUAAUUGAUGUUUGCAAUGUGUCUUCCUUUGGUUUACAAUCAAUUUUAAAGCUACAUCUGUAUAAAAUUUCUGUAUAAAGGUGUAUUUCUUUUUUAUGAGUUUAUGGCUAUGAAAACACCAGCUAUUUUGUUACAGCUGGCUGUUUUUAUAAGUGUAUCACAAUUUUCUUUAUGCAGAAAUGUUCUGAUUAGGAGUGGUUAUUGACUGUAACUACACAAUUAAAAUUGUUUGUAUGGUAUGACAUAGUAGGGUUUGUCUGCUUAUGUGAAAUAACUUUAAAGAAGAGUCAAAGGAUGGCCCUCUCAUUUAGGUGCAUGUUAAUACUUAACCUGAUGAUGUUUUACCGAUUUUAAAAAGAGCAACUGAAAAGUCACUUAACGCUGUAAAUUUAAUUCACAAACACAUGCUCAUUUUUAAAUAGGUAUGAAAUUUCACAAUAAGAUAACCUGUUUUUGGUUAACAUUUUGCUUAAUAAACAGAGAUAGGAUGGUCAAAAGACUCUCCAACAAGGUAAAUCCAGUCUCUAGCAGUUAUGUGCUUAGAAUGUAUUCAUCUGCAUUUAUUUCACAAUACUUCAAUUUUGGCAACACUUUUCCUUAAGCUAAUGUACAAAUAUUUUUAAAAGCCAUUAAUGGCAACAGAAAAUAAGUAGGGAGAAAAAUGGACCUUCUGUAUAAAAACCCCCUAGUAAGCAUCGUUUUUUUUUUUUUUAACAAGUUAUAGAUGGAAUAAGUUAAUAACUCUGAGCUCAUUUGGUUGUGUAUGGCAUAACUCUUAAGAACUACAUGAAGAAACACCUGGAAUUUAAACACAGUUUUCAAAAUUCUUGCAACAUAAAACUUAAUAAAUGCCUGGAUAUAAAAUGAAGUGUGCUAAUGAUCACAGAAAGGAUUGAGGCCAAUGUUGCAGUUUUGGAUGAUUUUUUUUUUUUUUUUUUUGGUAUUUUAUUCACUUUAUCUUUUGCUUUCUCUUUGUAAGUUUUCCUAGAUGUUAAUAGGGGUGGGUUUUUGGGUUCCUUAAGAUGUGGUUCUGUAAUUGUUCUUUUUCUUUCUGCCUACCAUUUCCUCAGGCCCCAUGAGCUCAUUGGUAGGCAACAGGGCAGCUUUAGUAUUGAACUUUUGCUUAAGAAAUUGAAAUGGGAUCAUUGAAAACUCCCAAUAAAGCUUUAAAGUUGCAUUUACUUUUGAAGCAUAGCUGAGCUGCUCUGAAGGCAGCUGGUUUGUUGCAAACUUAAAAUUGUAUUGAAAACAAGUUCCCAAUUCUAUUAAACUAGAAAACAAUUUUUAAAUGUUCUUGCUUGCUAGAGUUCAAAAAAGUAAUCAUUUCAGCCAAAGGAAUUUGAAUUAAGAAAAUAGAAACCAGAUUUCAUGUAUUAAAAAAUAGAAAAUAAAAUAGCAACUAGUAUACCAUUAAGUUAAAAAGUUAUAUUCCUCUUCCUUCUUUUCCCCAAGACUCAGGGAAAAGACUAGGUACAGCAGAGUGUAGAAUUAAUCUUUUUUUUAACCAGCCUAACACUUAACAUAAGGUGUCAGAUAGGUAUGAAAUUUAGUAAUUUUUUUGGAAGGAGAAAUUGGGUUGUGAAAAAGAUUUUCUCAUUCCUAAUAACCUCCUAAAUUCUUUUGAAAUAAUGUUUUUGAUGAAAUGAUGAAUGUGUUCAUUGGAACCAACGACAAUGUUAACAGAAUUCUCAUUUAGAUCUUUUAAGUUGUUAAAGUUAGCAUGGUUUUGCUAAUUUGAUAUUUUAACCCCUCUUGCCGUAACCCCAGCAUAUGUGAUGGAGUGAGCAAAAUUGUUUUCAGGAAAGAUAGCACAUUUUUGAAAGACUUGCCCAGGUGAUCUUCCAUAUUGCUCCCCCAAAGUCAUUUAUUGCUCAUGCCUGUCCUCCUCUUGUUGCCUGUGGCUAUGGUAAAAUUCCUGUAAAAAGCUCCAUUGUGUCCAAGUAUUUCAGAGACUUUUAAAAGCUGGGCAUGACAUAGCGCUUUGUGCUGUUAAGACCUUAGCAGAGUCAGGUAGUUUACGGGUAAUAGUCAACCUUGUGCAUCUGAAUCUGUCAUGGAUUCCUUCACUCAGCACUUUGCCACUAAUUUGCAUUACACUCUGUGGCCAUAUAAUACUUGCACAUCAUGCAAAAAAUAAUGUUGAUAGUAUCUCGUUGCCACACAAUAUGCAGAGUUGACACAUAACCUUUGAAAACCAAGGUAACUAAUAUAUGUGCCCUAGUUGUGUGGCACUUGAUAACAAAGUCUGUAUAUAUUAUGUAUAAAAUGUGUAUUGAUUAGCAUUUAGUACUAAGAAAUUUUGAGCUUAAAAAGAAGUGGGUUUUCUUUCCCAGAGUAGUGAUAUCUAUAUAUGUGUUUAUCUAAAGAUACAUAGCUUGACUAGAAAACAUUUUCAAAUGGUUCAAGAUUGACUAAAAUGAGAAUCCUAUACAUUCCACUAUUAAAUUCUGCCCUAUUCCCAAUUGUUAGCUUCUGGCUGAUUAAGAUCUUUGAUUGUCACAAUAUUCUCAAUAAAUGAGACAUUCUGAA